CGGCACCAGCCGAACGUCUAGCGUCCCAGAACAACCGACACCUCGAACAUCCAACCCGGCUUGCCUUGGCUGCACAUGAAGCAAAUUACGAGACCAAGGACAGAGGAUGUUUGUUCCUUACAGAUGAGAAACUAUGGCCGGCACAACACAAGCAGCUGUGCUUCGGCGCAGCGCCCGUACCGCUCAGCAAAGCGACGACAUGAGCGCCGCAGCCAAGCGGACGUCGAUGCAAGCUCCCAUGACAAGCAGAAGGCAGCGGGGUCCAAAGCGUGAGGCUGUAGUACAGCCUGAGCCGCUCGAAUCUGGAACAACCAGCCCCAGGAAGCGCAUCAAGGUUGAGUCGACACCGUCGCCUGAGCCAGAACGGCGUGACCGCCGCGAUGCCAAAAUCGUCGUCAACUCUGACGCCAACGUUCUCUCACGAGCACAAACGGCGAUGGGAUCUGAAGCAAAAGACCCGUCCGGAGCUCUUCGUGCGCGCAAAUUAAAAUCCUUUACCGAAAACACCCGUCGUUCUCCUUUCCCUGGCUUCGGAAGACCAACUGCAGGGGAGUGCUCACUCGCGCACCUCAUUCUCGCUGACCUGCACGGUGAUCGCGUGCGUCCGAAAGAAGUCGUGGCACCAACAGCAACCGCUGGCUGUGGCGCCUCGCCCUCGGUGCUCGACGCCCUCGUUCGAACAAUUCUGUCCCAGAACACGAGCGACAAGAACAGCUCACGAGCUAAACAAAGCAUGGACGACGCCUAUGGUGGCAGCGACAAGUGGGAAGCAAUUGUGGAGGGAGGCCAGGCAAAGCUGCAAAGGGUGAUUCAGUCGGGUGGACUGAGUGUCGUCAAGUCAAAGGUGAUUAUUAGCAUCCUGCAACAGACACAGACCAAGCACGGCUCGUACUCGCUCGAUCACCUGUUCUCUGCUUCCGACGAAGACGCCAUGCGAGAGCUGCUGUCUUUCCAGGGCGUUGGCCCGAAAACAGCCAGCUGCGUCCUGCUUUUCUGUCUACAGAGACCGAGCUUCGCCGUCGACACGCACGUCUACCGCAUCACUGGUCUACUCGGUUGGCGCCCUCCAAGUGCCACCCGCGAGGAGGCGCAGGCGCACCUCGAUGCCAUGGUGCCGGAUGACGAGAAGUAUCCGCUUCAUGUGCUGAUCAUUAGUCAUGGUAAGCAGUGCGCGGAGUGCAAGGCUGGAGGAAAGGCGCUUGGUAAAUGUCGUCUACGUAAAACCUUCAGGAAAGGUGUCUUGGAGGGUCUAGCGGGCGACGAUGUCAAGAUAGAGGUUGGCGAUCAAGUCAAGCAUGAGGAGGAGUAGCAUGGACACGAUGAAUGAGUAGCAAACACGGAGUAGAGCGAGAAGCACGCAAGGCAUACGGAUAGAACAAACAAAUGUGAGUCGCCAUGAAGCUGUG